AUGGUUUCUACUUUAGGAUGGACAGUGGAAGACUGGAAGAAAACUCAUUACAGCUCAACACCACAACAAUCGUUUAAAUUAUUGAUUAACCUCCUCAAAUCACAAAAAACAGCACCAGAAGAUCCCGCAUGGAUUUCAUUAGCAACAGUUGAAGAUUUAACUCAUCAAUGGAAUUUCCUACAAUCAAAGGCUAAUAAAACAUCACUCCCAUUAUAUGGUGUUCCCAUAGCCGUUAAAGACAAUAUCGACGCCAAAGGAUUCGAAACAACAGCUGCUUGUCCUUCAUUUGCUUACAAACCAGAAAAAGAUGCUACAACUGUCAAGUUGUUAAGAGAUGCAGGUGCUAUCAUAAUAGGGAAAACAAAUUUGGACCAGUUUGCUACUGGUUUGGUUGGUACAAGAUCGCCAUAUGGUGUAACCCCAAACACAUUCAACAAGGACUAUGUUAGUGGUGGAUCUUCUGCUGGUUCAGCAUCAGUUGUUGCUAGAGGAAUUGUGCCAAUCUCAUUGGGCACUGAUACCGCAGGAUCUGGUAGAGUACCGGCUGCGUUAAACAACAUCAUUGGCUUAAAGCCCACGAAAGGUGUAUUUUCGUGCAGCGGUGUGGUGCCAGCAUGCAAGUCAUUAGAUUGUGUAUCCAUCUUUUCGACUACCUUACAAGAUGCUCAGUUAACUUUUGAAAUCAUGGCCAAGGAGGAUGGUGACAAUGAUGAAUAUUCGAGAGAAAUGCCAACCAAUCCCUUGUUGAAGUUUUCCAAAAAACCAAGAAUUGUCGUGCCUACCAAUUUGAUAUGGUGCGGAGAAACAGAAAACCCAGGAUUAUACAACAAAGCAGUCGAGAUAUUUGCAAAUGACGUUGGAGUUGAUUUGGUGUCUUUAGACAUUGAGCCUUUGCUUGAACUAGCCAGGUGCUUAUAUGAAGGUCCCUGGGUAACAGAAAGAUUUGUCGCUGUGCGUGACUUUUUGGCAACCAAUCCACCAACUGAAGAUUUGGAUCCUACUGUGAUUAAUAUUGUCAAGGGUGGUGAACACUACUCAGCUGCCCAAUGUUUUGAGUUUGAGUACAAGAGACAAAGGAUUUUGCAAAAGGUUAAAAAAUUGUUGAAGGAUGUCGAUGCAAUCAUUGUUCCAACUGCACCUUUGAACCCAAAAAUUAAAGAAGUACUUGCCGAACCAGUCAAAGUUAAUUCAUGCCAAGGAACCUAUACAAACUUUGUCAACUUGGCCGAUAUGUCUGCUUUGGCCAUCCCAGCUGGCUUUAGAAAAGAUGGACAACCUUUCGGUAUCACGUUGUUGUCUCACAAAUUCAAUGACUAUGCAUUGUUAGAUUUGGCAAGUCGCUACAUGGUCCCAUACUCAAAAACUGUACCAUUCUUUUACGGUGCUUUGAAAGAGAAAUUGAUUGAGUCAUCUAUUGCCGAGGAGUUGCUUCCAAAUAUUCCUAAAACUAUUCCAUCGGAACAAGUUAAAUUGGCCGUUGUUGGCGCACACUUAAAAGGCUUUCAACUACACUGGCAACUAGAAAAAGUUGAUGCCAGGUUUGUUGAAUCAACAGCCACUUCAAAAAAGUAUAAAUUGUAUGCUUUACCAAAAACUGGUCCAGUGGCAAAACCAGGAUUGAGAAGAGUUGAAGAAAAUGGUGCCAACAUCGCAGUCGAAAUCUACUCCAUACCGAAGGAGAGAUUUGGAACCUUUAUUAACUUUGUCCCUGAGCCUUUGGGAAUUGGAUCUGCAGAGUUGGCAUCAGGCGAAUGGGUCAAGUCAUUCAUUUGUGAAGAGUCUGGCUAUAAUGUGCCUGGAACUGUAGAUAUCUCACAAUACGGUGGAUGGAAAAAUUACCAAGAACACCUUGCUGCUGAAUCAAAAAGCCACAAAAAGCCAUUCAACUCAGUUUUGGUGGCUAACAGAGGUGAAAUAGCUGUUCGUAUAAUCAAGACAUUAAAAAAAUUGGGUAUAAAGUCCAUUGCCAUAUAUUCAGAUCCUGACAAGUUUGCCGAACAUGUUACUAGUGCCGAUGUCUCGAUUCCAUUGCAUGGUACAACUGCUGCCCAGACAUACAUUGAUAUUGACAAAGUCAUAAACGCUGCCAAGGACUCGGGAGCUGAGGCUAUCAUUCCAGGUUACGGAUUCUUGUCUGAAAAUGCCGAUUUUUCUGAUCGUUGUGGUAAAGAAGGCAUUAUUUUUGUUGGACCAUCGGGUGAUGCGAUUAGAAAAUUAGGAUUGAAACAUUCUGCACGUGAAAUUGCUGAGAAAGCUGGCGUCCCAUUGGUUCCCGGAUCUGGAUUGGUUAAAGAUGCCAAGGAGGCAAGAGAAAUCGCUGCCAAGUUAGAAUACCCAAUCAUGGUUAAGUCAACUGCCGGUGGUGGUGGUAUCGGUUUGCAAAAAGUUGACUCGGAAGAGGACAUUGAACGAGUCUUUGAAACAGUACAACACCAAGGAUUGUCAUACUUUGGUGAUGCUGGUGUCUUUCUUGAAAGGUUUGUUGAAAAUGCCAGACAUGUAGAAAUUCAGAUGUUGGGUGAUGGUAACGGUAAUGCCAUUGCCGUUGGUGAAAGAGAUUGCUCUUUGCAAAGAAGAAACCAAAAGAUUAUUGAAGAAACACCUGCCCCUGACUUGCCUGAAGCUACACGUCAAAGAAUGAGAAAAGCCGGUGAAAGUUUGGGCGCUUCAAUGAAUUACAAAGGUGCUGGUACUGUUGAGUACAUUUACGACCCAAAAAGGGAUGAGUUUUACUUUUUGGAAGUCAAUGCCAGAUUGCAAGUCGAACAUCCAAUCACUGAAAUGGUUACUGGUUUAGACUUGGUGGAAUGGAUGCUUUUAAUUGCGGCUGACACUCCACCAGAUUUCUCACAAAAGAUUGAAGUCAAAGGAGCUUCAAUGGAAGCUAGAUUGUAUGCUGAGAACCCGGCAAAGGGGUUUAAACCUUCACCUGGUCAAUUGACUGAAGUCAAAUUUCCUAGUUGGGCGAGAGUUGAUACUUGGGUUCAGAAGGGUACUGUAGUCUCAGCUGAAUAUGAUCCUACUUUGGCAAAGAUUAUUGUUCAUGGAAAAGAUAGGAAUGAUGCAUUGAAGAAGUUGCGCCAAGCUUUGGAUGAAACUGUCGUUUAUGGAUGUAUUACCAACGUUGAUUACCUUCGAUCAAUUGCAAAUUCCAAGAUGUUUGAAGAGGCCAGAGUUGCCACAAAGGUGUUGGAUACUUAUGAAUACAAACCACGUGCUAUUGAAAUCUUGAGCCCUGGUGCAUACACUACCGUCCAAGACUACCCAGGUAGAAGAGGAUACUGGAAUAUUGGUGUUCCCCCAUCAGGAUGCAUGGACCAAUACUCAUUCAGACUUGCAAACAGAAUAGUUGGCAAUGAUAGCACUGCUCCAGGUAUGGAAAUUACACUCAAUGGUCCAAAAAUUUUGUUCCACCAAGAUUGUGUUGUGGCUGUAACUGGUGGUAAAGCACCUAUUGAGGUUAAUGACAAGCAAGUUUCGCAAUGGGAACCAAUUGAAAUCAAAAGCGGCGAUACUUUAUCUAUUGGAAAGUUGACCAGUGGUUGUCGUGCAUAUUUAGCCAUCAGAGGUGGUGUCGAUGUUGUUGAAUACUUGGGCUCGAGGUCAACCUUUGCCUUGGGUAACUUGGGAGGUUACAACGGAAGAGUUUUAAAAUUUGGAGAUGUUUUGUUUUUAGGACAGCCGGAAAUCUCAAGCUGCACGUUGGCUCCACCAGUUUCCAAACCAGUAGCAGUCCCAUCAUCCCUUAUUCCAAACUACGACAACAAAGUUUGGCAAAUUGGUGUCACUUGUGGUCCUCAUGGAUCACCCGAUUUUUUCAAGCCAGAAUCAGUCUCUGAAUUCUUUUCAUCAACUUGGAAAGUCCACUACAACUCAAACAGAUUUGGUGUUAGAUUAAUUGGUCCAAAACCCAAAUGGGCAAGGGCUGAUGGAGGUGAAGCUGGUCUACACCCAUCAAAUGCUCACGAUUAUGUCUACUCCAUGGGAGCAGUAAACUUUACUGGUGACGAACCAGUUGUUUUAACAUGUGAUGGUCCAAGUUUGGGUGGUUUUGUUUGUGAAGCCGUUGUUGCUGAAGCCGAGUUGUGGAAGAUUGGUCAAGUGAAGCCAGGCGAAUCAAUCCAAUUCAUUCCUAUCACAUACGAUUCUGCCAAGCAAUUGAAGAGUCAACAAGAUGCAGGUAUUGAGUCUUUGAAAGGAGAAUUAGGAGACGUUGAAAGUUAUGGGUUGGUGCAUCCAGAAACGCCAGUUCUUUGUCAAAUUAAAGUUUCUGAAACUUCGCCUAAAAUUACCUACCGUCAGGCUGGUGAUAGAUAUAUUCUUGUUGAAUACGGAGAAAACAUUUUGGAUUUGAACAAGGCUUACAGAAUUCACAAGUUGGUUGAGAUGGUAAAACAGUAUAAACCAAAGGGAAUUUUCGAGUUGUCACCAGGUGUAAGAUCAGUUUUAGUUGAAUUUACUGACGAUAUUACCCAAAAGGAAGCCUUGGACACUCUUGUGGCUUAUGAAAAGGAAAUGGUUUUCAUCAAUAAGUGGAGAGUUAAAUCUAGAGUUGUCAGAUUGCCUAUGGCAUUUGAAGAUCAAAAGACAUUGGAUGCCGUCAAGAGGUAUCAAGAAACCAUCAGAAGUGAAGCUCCUUGGUUGCCAAACAAUGUUGAUUUCAUAGCCAACAUUAAUGGAAUUACCAGAAACGAUGUCAAGGAUAUGUUGUACACUGCUCGUUUCUUGGUCUUGGGUUUGGGUGAUGUUUUCCUUGGUGCUCCAUGUGCUGUCCCAUUAGAUCCAAGACACAGAUUUUUGGGUACCAAGUACAACCCAUCAAGAACGUACACACCAAAUGGUACUGUUGGUAUCGGAGGUAAUUAUAUGUGUAUCUAUACCAUGGAGUCACCAGGUGGAUACCAAUUGGUUGGUAGAACGGUGCCAAUUUGGGAUAAAUUGACACUUGGUGAGCACUCUAAUGACGUGAACAAGCCAUGGUUGUUGUCUCCAUUUGAUCAAAUUGAAUUUUAUCCAGUUAGUGAGACUGAAAUUGACAAGUUUUCCGAGGAAAUGAAUGUGGGAAAAUUCAAGGUUGAUAUAAUUGAUUCUGUUUUCGACCAUGGUCAAUAUUUACAAUGGAUUCAAGCCAACUCUGAAUCAAUUGAACAAUUUCAGAAAUCGCAAGGUGGUGAAAAAUUGGAGGAGUUUAACAGAUUGAUUCAAAUUUCAAAUAGUGAAUUGGAGCAAAGUGGAACUAAAGUGCAAGAAGAUGAAAAGUUUGAUGAAAACGCUGAAAUGGUUUACUCGGAGUUCUCCGGUAGAUUCUGGAAGAGUCUUGUUAGUGUGGGUGAUAACGUUGACAAGGAUCAGCCAUUGAUUGUUGUUGAGGCCAUGAAGACGGAAAUGAUGGUUAAUGCUCCAAGGGGAGGCAAAGUUAUAAAGAUUUAUCACAAGAAUGGUGAUAUGGUUGAUGCUGGUGAUUUAGUUGUUGUUUUAGGGUAA